ACUCUGGGGACCAAGCAUGGUGUUCCUAGCCCAGCUCACACCAGGGCUGCUGUUGGCCAUGACGAUGGUAACAGCGUUGGUGGCCCAGCCUGCCAGUCUGCUGAGCCUGCUCACCUCAGGCCAGGGCACUCUGAAUGGAGAGGAGCUGAGCAGCCUAUUAAAUACGCUGGUGGACCGUGUGCACUGUUCCAGCGGGCCGUGUGGAAAGGCCUGUGUCGAUGUCCCUCAGCUGCUGGAGGAGGCAGUGGAGGCAGGAGCUCCUCAAAACCCGGGCCCUGUCCUGGCCGCCCUGCUGGACCACUUCAGGAAUGGGUCCUGCUUCCAUGCCCUGCCAAGCCCUCAGUACUUUGUGGACUUUGUGUUCCGGCAGCAUAGCAGCGAAGCUCUCAACAUGACAUUGGCGGAGCUGGAAGCUUUGAUGAAGCGCCUGGGAGUGGGUGGAGAGGCCCACAGUGACCACAACCACAGUGACCACGAUGACCACAGUCAACUGGAUAGGGAGGUCAACAACCGGGACCCCGUUUCCCUUGCCAUCCUCAAUAGCAGCUCCAGUGUGUGGGACACGGUGUGCCUGAGUGCCAGGGAGGUAAUGGCUGUUUAUGGGCUGUCUGAGAAGACUGGGGUGAGCCCCGAAGCCUGGACCAGAUUGAGCCCUGCCCUGCUCCAGCAGCAACUGAGCGGGGCCUGCAGCCCCCAGGCAAAGUCACCCACCCAGGACCAGCUCAGCCAGACAGAGAGGUAUCUGUAUGGCUCCCUGGCCACACUACUCAUCUGCCUCUGUGCUGUGCUUGGCCUCCUGCUGCUGACCUGUGCCAGCUGCAGCUCCGCCACCCACUAUGUCAUGCAGACCUUCCUGAGCAUGGCCGUGGGUGCACUCACUGGUGACGCCCUCCUGCACCUGACACCCAAGGUCUGUCCUCACCCAUCAGCCAGAGUCCUUCCUUUCCCUCCCUCUCCUGGCCUUCCCCAGACCCAGCCCUUCACCCCUGUGGGCCCUAAAUCCCCCCGCCCUCACUCUGCUCCCCAGGUGCUGGGGCUGCACACGCACAGUGGAGAGGACCACACACACAGUGGGGAGGGCCUUGGCCCACAGUCCACCUGGCGUCUACUGGCCGUGCUGGGAGGCCUUUACAUCUUCUUCCUGUUUGAGAGCCUCUUCAACAUCCUGCUGCCCAAGGACCAGGAUCCAGAGAAGGACGGGCACUGCAGCCAUGGUGGCCACAGCCAUGGUGUGUCCCUGCAGCUGGCACCCAGCGAGCUCCGGCAGCCCAAGCAGGCCCACGAGGGCUCUAGCGCAGACCUGGUGGCAGAGGAGAGCCCGGAGCUGCUGAACCCCGAGCCCCGGAGGCUGAACCCAGAGCUGAGGCUGCUACCCUACCUGAUCACCCUGGGCGACGCCGUGCACAACUUCGCUGAUGGACUGGCCGUGGGCGCGGCCUUCGCGUCCUCCUGGAAGACCGGGCUGGCCACCUCGCUGGCGGUGUUCUGCCACGAGGUGCCUCACGAGCUGGGGGACUUCGCGGCCCUGCUGCACGCGGGGCUGUCGGUGCGCCGUGCGCUGCUGCUGAACCUGGCCUCGGCGCUCACGGCCUUUGCCGGCCUCUACGUGGCGCUGGCAGUCGGAGUCGGCGAGAAGAGCGAGGCCUGGAUCCUGGCAGUAGCCACAGGCCUCUUCCUCUACGUGGCGCUCUGUGACAUGCUCCCGGCCAUGCUCAAUGUGCGGGACCGCAGGCCCUGGCUCCUCUUCCUGCUGCACAAUGUGGGGCUGCUGGGCGGCUGGACCGUCCUGCUGCUGCUGUCACUGUACGAGGACAAUAUCUCCCUUUAAUAAUCCCGCCCGUCUACAGCUGUUGACUCUGCCUCUGACCAGGGCUCCUCAUACCUUUGGAUGGGCUCAGCAGCCAGAGAACCCCAGAACCUCCAGAGUCCCUUUCUCCCUCCCCGGGUUUGGAGCCCCUAUUUCAAUAAAGACAGCCUUAUCCUGAA